UCGCUCCCGCGCACAACCGAGAGGAAGAGAGACAUGCCGUGCGGAAGAGAGAGCAGAUCAGCGGCGGUGGCUGGCGUGCCCGCACGGCGGCUCCGCCCGCUGGUGCUCAUGCUCGUCCUCUUCUCCGUGAUGCCCCGCGGCGCACUCUCACGGGGCCUGGCGCUGCCGCCACUGCCGGCGCCGGUGCGGAACAUAACGUGCAACACCAUCCCGCAUCCAUUUGGUGCCCGAGGCAGAUCCCUUCCCGGCUUCGAGGUGGCGUGCGGGCAGAACAAGGAGGCCAUGCUGAAGAUCGACGAGCAUAGCUAUAAGAUCGUGGAUGUGUCGGUGGAAGGAGCCUUCGUCGUCGUCUUAGCCGGGCCCAUCAGCCAAGUCUGCUACGACCGCAACGGUAAGCAGACGGAGACCAUCGAAACCGAUGGUAUCAGCUUGGAGCGGACGCCGUUCUCCUUCUCCAAGCGCAAUAAGCUGGUGGUCACUGGAUGCAACUACAGGCUAGUUGCUAACUUCGGCAACUCGGAGCCUGUUAACAGCCCUCGGCUACCUACCACCUGCACCUCCUAUUGCAACGGAAGCUCCAACGCCGUCGAUUGCCUUCACGGGGUAGCCUGCUGCGAGGCCUACGUGCCGAUGGAUGCCGCUCGAGAGUUCGGCUAUGAGUUCGACAAGAUAUCAGGGAAUGUCACCGGCGACGAGGGCGGCACCUGCAGCGCUGCCUUCUUCCUCGACCAAGAUGACCAAGUCUUCAUGGGCGGUAGAGGCAAUGGGCAGAAGCCGCUGAAAGACGUGCUGUUGCCGGCGGGCGACCGCAGAAUGAUCUUGGAUUGGGCAGUUGGGCGCGGCACAUGUGACCAGGCCUCGAACUACAACUUGGCGCCGAUGUACUGCAAUAGUAUGAGUGGAUGCAUUGAUGCGUCCAGUGGAGCGGGUUAUCUCUGCAAGUGCAACGCAGGGUAUGACGGGAAUCCCUACAUUGCAGAUGGAUGCCUAGAUAUCGACGAAUGCCGGACUUUCGACAGCAAUACUUGCAGCCUUCUGCACUUCUGCAACAACACCAAAGGAGGUUUUACUUGCUCGUGUCCUCAUAACUUGAUUGGUGAUGGUUACAGGACAGGGACAGGCUGCACUGAGGCGCUCAUUCCAUCUGGUUCCCCUAUGCAACAAUCACAAGGUUUGAAUGUCUGCACUCAUCCUGAAAAGAACCCCUGCGCGUACUCAGAGUACUGCAGUGAUGAGCAAGGGGUAGUUGAGUGUGAUUGUCCUCCCGGCAUGAGUGGCAAUGGCUGGAAAAGGGGAAGUGGGUGUCAAAAGCACUUUCCCACGGAUGCUGCUUUGGGUGUUGGUCUUGCACUUUUAGUUACAACAUCUAGCGCAGCUCUGUGCUACUACUGGGGCAUGAAGAGAAGACAGGUGAGAAGAAAGAGAGCUGAGUUAUUCCGUAAGAAUGGAGGCUUGCUGUUGCAGCAGAGAUUUACGGCAAUCACAUCUCAAGGUAAGGACUCGUCAGCAAAGAUAUUCAGUGCGGAAGAGCUCAAGACUGCAACUAACAACUAUAAUGAGACUCGAAUCCUUGGCCGAGGUGCAUAUGGCACAGUGUAUAAGGGUGUUCUUCCAGAUGAGACAGUGGUUGCUGUAAAGAAGUCUAGAGUGUUCAAUGAGAGCCAGGUGGAGCAAUUUGUCAAUGAGAUUACCAUCUUAUCACAGACCGAUCACCCCAAUGUUGUCAAGCUUCUGGGAUGUUGCCUAGAGACCGAAGUGCCUUUGUUGGUGUAUGAGUUCAUACCCAAUGGAACACUCUUCCAGCAUAUCCAAAACAGAAGUCCACCUUGCUCCUUAACAUGGGAGGAUACCUUAAGGAUAGCUGCACAAAUAGCAGAAGCGCUUGCCUAUCUGCAUUCCACAUCUUCUAUACCAAUUAUUCACAGGGAUAUAAAAUCAAGCAACAUACUGUUGGAUGAGAACUUUGUGGCUAAAAUAUCAGACUUUGGUGCAUCAAGAUCAGUUCCAUUUGACCAAACUCAUGUAACCACCCUUAUUCAAGGUACAAUAGGGUAUCUCGAUCCUGAAUAUUUCCAAAGCGGCCAGCUCACAGAGAGGAGUGAUGUCUACAGUUUUGGAGUAGUUCUUGCAGAACUAUUGACAAGGCAGAAGCCUAUUUCUGUAGGCAGGCCAGAAGAAUCAUGCAACUUAGCCAUGCAUGUGGUGAUUUUACUUAAUGAAGGGCGCUUACUUAAGGAGAUAGAGCCACACAUUUUGGAAGAAGCAGGUGAAGAGCAAAUCUAUGCAGUUGCACAGCUCUCCGUGAGAUGCUUAAAUAUGAACGGACAAGAACGACCCACUAUGAAGGAGGUUGCAUCAGUUUUAGAGGAGCUAAGAAGGUCAUUCAGCAAUGACAAGGAGCAAACUAUGAGAAGAAAAGAUGAACCUGUACAGAAAUAUAAUGAACAAGGGCAUCUUCUACGUGAAGCAAGCUCGACUUCUAGCCUGCACUAUUCAGAAGGAAGUACGCAGUUGAGCAUGGAGGCUGAAAUGAAAGCUUCUUGUUUUUUUGAGAAAACGCAGAAGAUUUGCGUUUCAUUGCAUUGAAAAGGAAGGGGUUUUAGUUACAUCCUCCAAGGAGGCAAUCAUACAGUGCGAGGGUGUUGCAAUUAGUGUACAUCCCAGGUCUGGGGAAUGAGAGCACGCAGGCCCAACGCGCUGGCUCUGGCCCAAAGGGUCGCCUCCUCCUUGAUCUUAGCCAGUGGCGCAGCUAUUUAGCCAGUGGCGCAGCUCUGUCGAAGACGCAGUCGUUCCGAUGCUUCCAAAGCAUCCAGGGAAUGAGUAGUGUCGCAGAGGCGAGGCCCUUGCGCAUCGGCUUGGGCGUGUGCUGCCGCACGGAGAGCCACCAGGUGUUGGUUGAAGGCUCGCCAUCAGGCGGGUUGCAGGGAACCCUUAGCCAGCUCAGGAUUUCGUACCAUACCUGCCGAGAGAACGGGCAGGCGAGGAGGAGAUGCUGGAUGGUCUCCGGCGCUUGGUCGCAGGGUGGGCAGCGCGCGGGGUGCCGCAGGCCGCAACGCGCGAGGCGGUCGUCGGUCCAGCACCGGUCUAAGUGGCCGAGCCAAUGGAAGAAGCGUACCCGGGGCGGCGCCCAGCACCGGUCUAUGUGAGACUCCAAGAUGACGCUUCUCAUAAUAUUUAAAUGCAAGUUGACAUAUCAAGACAAUAUGUAAUAUAGUUGUGUAGUAGAAUCACGUAAAAUACCUCAGUGUAAUUGCUAUUUACUUAUUUAGGUCAACAAUCACCACAGGAGAAAUUCUUGAUAUCCCAACUGUGGGUUCAGGUCCAAUUCUACUUCAGAGAUUUACACCAA